AUGGACGCCCAGAAACAGCUCCAAGCACGCUCGGAAGAGUUCCAGGGACUGCAGACCGAGCUUGAUGUUCUGGUCGACGCCCGCCAGAAACUCGAAUCGCAGCAGCAAGAGAACGAAGGCGUGCAGACCGAGUUUGCCCAGCUCGACGAUGAAUCCAACAUUUACAAGCUCGUUGGCCCGGUACUACUGAAGCAGGAUAAGACCGAAGCUACGAUGGCCGUCAACGGUCGGUUGGAGUUCAUUGAGAAGGAGAUCAAGCGAAUCGAAGGCGAGAUUGAUGCGACACAAGAAAAGAGCGAAAAGAUGCGCUCAGAGCUCAUCCAACUCCAAAGCCAGGCUCAGCAGCAGGCUGCUGCUGCGUCGGCCUCCGCAUAA